CAGUUUAUGUUUGCUUGUAUGCACUGUACUUUGUAGUGCUGUUGCUAAUGAUGGUGUGUGUAGUGCUUGCAUCCCCGGUGUGAGGUAGCUGGGCGAGCUAUAGCAGGGUAGACCGUGAGGCCAUCAAUCUACUAUGUAGCAGCGGCCUCUCCCGUUAGCCGCUCACGUUUGAGAGCUGAGCGGGCGAAGCGAGCACCUUUGUGCCGCAUACCAACCAGAUCAACAUCUUCACGUACAAUUAUUGAGGUAGCGUGCACUCAGCGCACUGUUAGUGCAUGGUUGGUCCUACUAGCUACCAAUGGUCCUGAUCUAGGUGGCUAUCUUUUGGAUGCUGUGGCUGCUGCUAGUAGGAGGCGAUGCCAAGCAAUCGGAGUUCCAACCCCAAACUCUACUGAGUUGCAGUCCAGUUGCAGUACGAGCUGAACUUUGUGAACUGGUUUCGCUUCGACAGACCCUUUGCAGACUUGCAGACUGGAGGCGGACGGGGCGUCAUUGCAGACGCUUGUGUGGGUGACGGUUGACUUCUGGGCAGUUGGGUACAUGUGGAGAGCUAGCUGCCAUGAGGAGGGAUAGCCUGCUGGCUGUUGUCCAACUGACGAUUGGCCUUGCGCACAUUGUCAACUCGCAAACUGCACCUCCAGCGCAAACAGGCAUAGCUGCCGUUUGCACCGACCCCGGCAUCCCGGACUAUGGCUAUCGUCACGGCAGCGCCGAAAUGGCCGGCGCGGUGAUCAGCUUCGGCUGCGACAAUGGCUUUGAGCUGCACGGGGCCACCGUGCGCCGGUGCACCUACAACGCUGAGCUAGGUCGAUCCGGAUGGUCGGGUGUUCAGCCGAUUUGUGAACAUGUGCGGUGUCCUGUAUUCCAGCCAUUGCGCAACGGCAACGUGGAAGCCACGCGGAGGACGUUCAAGUCAGUCGUGCGAUUUUCCUGCGAUAAAGGUUAUGAACUGAGCGACCCCGGCGCAGAAAGCGUUACUUGCACGUGGAAUGGACUAUGGAGCAAAACUAUUCCUACCUGUGAACCUAUUUCAUGUGGGGAGCCAGAAUCACCGCUGCCUCGUGAGCUUGAGCGCGUUGGAGACAGCUUCACCCAUUCUUCAACCGUAAAGUAUCGAUGCGCAAGUCGGCAGCAGAGCAUCGAGGGUGACAGCAAAAGAACUUGCCAGGAAACUGGAGAAUGGACGGGCUCCACGCCUCGCUGUAAAAGCAUUGGCAUUGAGUGUGUCAAGCCCAGGAGCAUCGCCGAUGGCAGCUGGGAGGUGUCCAGGAACCCGGUGGCAAACUACACCAUGAUUACCUACUACUGCGACGAUGGGUUCACACUGCGUGGACAGUCGAAGCGCGUCUGCUACUCCAAUGCAACUUGGUCUGGGGACCCUCCAGUGUGUAUCGACUUGACAGAUGUCGGCACUGGCACUGCUACAAACUCUUCUGCGGCCGGCAACCCGGUGACCACUGAGUACGUCACCGCCAAGCAAGCUAGCCCCGGCCUGUUUCAGCGCAUUCCAAUCCUGGUCGGAAUCAUCGCGUCCAUUGUGGUACUGAUGAUUGUCGCACUCUUAGUUGCCAUGUACAUUGCCAGGAAACGGAAAUCUGACCGUGCUGGAGAGAAAGGGGCAGAGAAGCCUGCCAUCUAUGCAAACUCUGCACUGUUUUCUCCCACACGGGAGGAGAAGGUGGAUCCAGGCAAGCGCAUGUCCAUCACAUCUAGCAAAGCAGUGUUAGUCAAGAAUACGAAUGCGAUGGAUGACAUCUCUGAAGAGAGCAGCCAGAUGUCAUCAGUAACACCGCCGCUGCCACCGCCUCCACAGCCCAGCGAAUUACUCGACGAGAGCGCCAUUGUCGCAUCUCUCACCCCGCUUUCCCAGGGCGGGGAAAGCUCACCUGCCAAUGGCAAUGGUCACAGCAAAAGAAUGAGCACAGGAUCACUGGGAGCCCUGGCCGCCGAAAUCAACCUGCGACACAAACCCAACCAGGAUCAUCGGAGAAGCGAGCCUCUCCCAGUCCUGCCCAAACCGUCGCGUCCACCUCAUCCUCCGUCCAAGCAAAACAGGCCGGCAUUGCUGGUAUCCGAGAGGAUCGAGGAGAGUGAAGACGGUGACGUUGGGUUUUACGAUGAUACUCUUGCAGCGGCGGCCUGCACAACUGUUCCACCUCACCGCGGCACCAUGUCUAAGAGGCCAGCUGCCCCGCUGCCGAAGCCUGUGACCAAGAAUCCCUCGCUGAACCCGCUAGAGAAGCUCUUCCAGAAGAACCAGGACCACGGCGAGGAGGACAAUGCCGUGGUGGCGCGGAGCACUGCCAUCAUGCCGGCAAGCAAUGACAUCAUAGGCUGCUACAGUGGGAUUGACGGCGACGAGGAGAACGAAGAGCACUUGUACGAGCCAGCCCCGUGUGGCUGGGGCAACCGCUUGAGCUUGUCCUACGACGACGUCGACAGUGAGGAGGAAGGGCAGCCGGGUGCUGCUGCCAGUACGCUGGGCCGAGGCAACACAUUCUCCAAGUGGAGUGAUUUGCACUCGGACAUGGCUGCCAUCCAGGGCCACCUGGACUCCAAGAGCAACACGUUGACGUCCCAGAUACAGGGUGUGCCCAUGGAGGAGUACGACUCGCCUGCAGAUGCCAUCAAUAGAGACGGGCGGUCCAUGCAGAGGACGAUGCGGCGAACACCCGUCGGGGCAAAGACAAUGCUGCAACCACCACCACCUCCAAUACCACCUGGCGGAAUCCGCCCACUGUCCACCAUUGCCCAAGCCCGUUCCACCAUACACACCAGCAAUUCAUCGUCAUCACUGCAAAGUAAUGACUACCACUUGCCCAUCGACGCAACAAACCCAAUCAGCUUCACGGCGGUGGCGGCGGUGGCAUCACGCUAUCACGAUCCGUACGACGUGCCGCUUGAGAGCAUUGCAUUCGAGGAGAGCAUCGAAAGAGACUACGCAGUCCCCGUGGAUUGUCCGGGCAGUGGAGGAAACUCCCUGCACUCGUCACAGAAGCGGAUAAACAUGAUUAGCACAAAGGCCAGUUGACCGGUCCCGACGAGAAUGCAGCUAACUGCUGUUUCUUCUCCUCUUCAAAAAUAGAUGGUUCCUGAACAGUAACGUUAGCUUGAGAACAGAUCUGGACUAUACAGGGUCUGUACAACACAUGUCAACUCUGGACUAUACAGGGUCUGUACAACACAUGUCAACUGUGGACUAUACAGGGUCUGUACAACACAUGUCAACUUUGUUGGACUAUUAUUAUGUUUAUGAUAAAAGUAGGAAAUCCUCUUUUACCUUGAAGAACUUCAUUUCAAAAUUGCAACAACCUUAUUGCUUGCUACAGUAAAUCACUCGACAGUAAUUGUUAAGUUAGUUUUGUAGCGCAAAGCCUUAUGAAUAGCUAGAUUGCGUAUAGAGAAUGUACGAAGAAUAUGAAUAUUAUGAGUAUGAAGCAGCAGCCCCCCCCCCCCCAUACUAGAAGACGUGCCAUGUGCAAAGACUAGAACUGCUAAAGCACACAUUGACACCAUAUCAAUUUGUCUAGUAAAGGAAAUAGAGCUAACAUAUCGCAGAUAUUUGCCACCGUGACUUCCACCUUUCUUUUUCUGUUUCCUUUCUUUCACACAACCUGCCUUGUAGCCAGAUUCUUUUGGAAUUGCGGCCUUGAAUAUUGUUCAAAAGCUGG